AUGUAUAAGCUUCAAGCAUUCGGCGUGCUGGUCCUAACACUCUUGGCUUUUUCACAAGCAUCUCCAGUUCCUUCAAAGAAGACUUUUCUCCAAGCAGUGAAAAAAGAUGUGGAGUCACUAAAAAAUAUGAAUGAAGUACUGAAGGUAGGGAUCACCUUCCUCGUACCCACAGAUGUUCAGGAUAGUUGUACUGUGAACGCUCUUGACUGUUUUUCUUACAUUCUGGAUGGAUUACAAAGAAAAUGUAAAAAUGGCACAGUAGCAAACACUAUCAGCAACGCCAUGAAGAAUCUGGAUGCAUUCAUGGGGAUGGAUUCAAAAGAGAGAAAGGAAAAGAGGCUAUGCUAUGAAGGAUGCAAAUACUCAAUGAAGCAGAGAAACACCAACCAAGCCCUAGAAGAUUUCAUAAGACUUCUACAGCAAAUGUAUCAGGCAGACCAAUAAUGUCCUUUCUAAUAGCAUGUACACUACAAGUUGCUUAGUUAUUUAUUACAUUCUAAUUUAA